AUGGCUCUUCCUUUUGGGUUGUUUGCGCGAGGCAUAGACAGGUCGUUCUUGGCUCUUUUGGUCGUGUGCGUUCUGUUCGUGACCUACCUUGGCGGGCCGUUCUCGUCGUAUUACCAGCCCAAAGUCGCCGCGGUGGAACAGUUGGUCUACCACCGAGGAGCCGGGCAGCCCCUCAACGAGAGCCUCGUUCGCUCCUCGGAUCUCGAGGUCGUCAGCGACGAUGUCGUUGACGAGGCCGACAACAGUCCCACGCACGGGCUCUUCAACUUCUACUCGGAACCGUGGGACCCGCCGGGGGUGGCCGAUCUGGACGAGAACAGGAUGAGGAUCAUCGAGCCGUACAUCAAAGCCAUCACCGACCCCAGCGACCGACGGUUCCCCCGACUCCGCUGCCCGCUGCCGAUGAAAGAGCGAUACGGGAUCUUGCGCCGCCGGAGGAGCUUUGCGACGCGAUGGGACUCACCACCACGACGGUGGUUCUUCGCACUCAACCUGCAUCAGUGCGCGCCCGUGCUGCCGCGUCUGCUGGCGUCGGUCGUCGAGACCAUCCGCUUUUUGCGGCCGCAGGACUGCGUCUUGUCCAUCGUGGCGCGCUCGUCUAACGACGGCACGCUGGAAAUUCUGGAGAACAUUCGCGAGGAGAUGGCGACGCUCAACGUCACAUACUACUUCAGCACGAGCGACAUAGACCCGUUCAAGGAGGGCAAGGACUACAUCACCGAAUGGGCCGCAUUGCGGAAUCUGGCGCUGGAUCCGCUGGUGCGACAGCCGGAGCUCUACGACCCGGAUACGACGGUGAUCUUUUUGAACGACGGGGCGAUUUGCACGGACGACAUUCUGGAACUCAUUUACCAAAAGGUUUAUCAAAGGGCCGACAUGACCUGUGGCAUGGAUUGGGCCAACCACGGCGAGACCUUCGUCGACGUUGGGGCGUCCCGAGGCAUGACAGGCGACAAGUUUGUCUACGCCGAGGACAGCAGCAUCGACCCCAACAACACCUUUUUCCGCCACGACCCCAAAACAAAGACGCGUUUUGAAGCGCGGGUGCCUUUCCAAGUCUAUUCGUGCUGGAACGGCGGCGCGGUGUUCACGGCGCAGCCCCUGCUGCGGCACAAUGUCACGUUCCGGGUGUCGCGGGGCGACGAGUGCCACAUGGGCGAGCCGCUGCUGCUGUGCAAGGACUUCUGGAAGUACGGGUACGGGCGGAUCGCGGUGGUGCCGAGCGUGAACAUCGGGUACAACGACGACGAGGCGCGGCAGACCAAGAAGCGCUACGGCUUUGCGACCGAGAUCGUGCAGCGCGUCGAGCAGGACGACCUGGAGGACGUCGGCGGCGCCAUCCGCCACAGCAAGAUCCGGUGGCAGACAGCGCCGCCCAAGACGGUCAAGUGCGAGUCGGACACGUCGCACCCAGCCGAGGAGGAGCUGGACGAGGCCAAGAAGGCUGCUGCCGACGCCGGCUCUGGUGAUGGUGGUGCAGACAAGGAGCCGCCGCAGAAGAACAUCGUCUACGAGGACGGCGGGGGUCCGGACCUGUGA